AUGGAGCAAAAGAAUCUUGAAGCUAACCCCACAGAAGAAUCUGAGAGGACUGCAAUAAAACCCAGACGGGCGAAGAAGAAAUCUACUAUGCUAAAAACGGUGGAGUUGAGCAAUUUCGUGGUAAAUAACGAAAUUCGUGCAGCUGCCGGAAUGAGGAAAGUCAAUAUCAAGCAACCAAUGCUUUUCUCUCAACCAAUAGUUCAAAACACCAGCGAAGAAAACACACACAAAGGUGUCCGAAGAGAAAAGAAGCCCACAACUCUGAAGAAGAAAAUCCUGGAAGCGCGAGAACAUGACGGAAAGCCACCCUGUUCAACUAACGGCGAUAUCUCAUUUAGCCCAACGCCACUUGAUGAGUGUGUGGUUGAACUGCUAAAAAAACUAAAAAAGCAAGCGAAUGCUGCUCAUAAAGCGAAUCCGGUCAAGGUGGAGUUGAGCAAUUUCGUGGUAAAUAACGAAAUUCGUGCAGCUGCCGGAAUGAGGAAAGUCAAUAACAGGGCACCAAUGUUCUUCUCUCAACCGGUAGUUCAAAGAAAAGAAGAAAACACACACAAAGGUAUACGAAGAGAAAAGAAGCCUACAACUCUGAAAAAGGUUAGUUCGGGUGUUUUUUCGCAGUGA